AUGCGCCUCCAGGUUCAGGAUGGCAUGACUUCAAGAGAAAUAAGAUUUGAGCAACUUCAUAAAAGAAAAGCUGCUGCAAUGAUUGCUAAAGUAGAUGAUAUUCUGAAGGGCCUUGAGAAAGAAUUCAAUAGCAAUUCUAACAUAGAAAUCAGAGAAGUUGCCUUUAUCAUUGGACCAACAAUUCACUGUCCUAAGGAAGUGUAUAUAUUUAAAUUUCCUGAAGCAUAUCCUAACAAGGAUCUUAGGAAAAGUGUUAAAAGUGAUCUAAUGAGACAUGUGGUACUUAACCCUGACUUCACAAAUUUUAUUUCAAAACCAAUUCAAGUGACGAACAUGUAUGUUAUGGUCAAGAAACCAAAAGGGGAUGUAGCAACAUGGAUCUGCCCUACAUCAAAUUACAAGAUUCCAACAAGGGCUCCUCAAGUAGAAAUUGAACUACUAUGUGACAAUCCCAAAUGUGUAAACCCACAAGUAGACAGUAUUUUAGAAAAGAUAAGUGGAUUAAAUGUUUCAAAGUCCUGUUGUCCUCACCAUAUUUUGAGUCAGCAAAACAGUAAAUCAAAUAUUGCAGCACAAAAACGAAUUUACCCUGAAGAAAAUAAUAUUUUAGAUGAAAUGAAUACAUCUUUGACAUCUUUGUUAAUAAGUAAUGAAUCUCUCAGAAAUUGCCCAGGUGUCUGUGAAUCUGACAAUGGAACUAAAGAUGUAAUAGCUUUGACAGGAAACACACUCAUGCAAGCCCCAACCUCACACCAGGGUGAUAAUCCUUCACAUGCGAAUUGUAAUGCUAUUUCAGCACAUGAGAAUUAUGAUAUUAGUAAAAAGGAACUAAUGCUGCAAAAUAAGACUCAUAAAGAAGGGAAACCAGAGUGUGUAGCUUCAAUGUCAAAUGAACCAAUAUGGUACAUUACUUCAGAGUACCUCCCUUACUUUAAAGUACCUGCUAUUAGUAAAUGCCCCAAUAAUAAGCGUAUAAAACAUUAGAAUAUUGAAGUAUAUUGGUAAAAAAUAUAUUAAGUCAAAUGUCACAAGUAUGAGUUGCCUUACAGGAAUCGGGAGAUAAAAAUGUGAUAAUUAAAUUAAUUUUAAUAGUAUAUAAGAAUGUAUAUCCAUGUUGAAAAUUUUAAUUGAAUGACCCAUUUGAUUUCUUUAUUUUUUAUUUAUAAGGUUAUUUCCUAUUUGUUUUACUCACAAGUACAUGAAUAAAUGCAUGAAAUGUCUUAUUUGCCUUUGUGAGUCAUUACAGAAAUUAUUGAUUUCAUCCAAAGAAUAAUUUAAAAAACUCAUUUUUCCUCCUUAACUUUUCAGAAGAUUUACAGUUAAAUCAGGAAGAUUAAAUAUUUGCUUUAUAUUAAUUUAAUAGAGAAAGUUUCAUUUGAUACCAAAAAUGAUUACUUCAAAUUGCCAACUGAUUUGGGGCUGGAGAAAAUAGAAAGAAAGAAAAAAGGAAGAAAAACACAUGCACACUUCCUAUAAAAAAAAAAAUAAAAAAAGUUAGGUAAAAAAUGUCUCCAAAAUUGAAUAGAAAUGUGUUGAAUUCUUAUGUCAUAUUUUGUGGAUUCUUAAAGAGAAUAAUAUCAUAGAGAGAACUUAAGAUUACACGAUGUUGUGAUAGUCGUGAAUCAAAUUAGUUUAAUUGUGAAUUAGCAAACAAGUUAUUUUGGAUAAAGUCAAUUAUAAGGCACAAUUUAAAUUUUUUUUAUUUCAUAUCAUAAGGUUACU